AUGACUACAAUCAGAAGGUUCACAUGUGAUGACUUAUUCAGGUUCAAUAAUAUCAACUUGGAUUACCUUACAGAGACGUACUAUCUACCCUUCUACUUUGAAUACAUAUCAAACUGGCCUAGUUUACUAUCGAUUGCAGAGGAUGUCAAUGGCAGACCGAUGGGAUACAUGCUUGGUAAAGCAGAGGGUAAUGGUGAGAACUGGCAUGGACAUGUCACAGCUGUAACAGUAGCACCAGAGUACAGAAGAAUAGGAUUGGCAGAUCGUCUAAUGAACACCUUGGAAGAGGUCUCGGAGAAAGUACAUAAUGCAUACUUUGUUGAUCUGUUUGUUAGAAAGUCGAAUACACUAGCGAUCAAGAUGUAUGAGAAGUUUGGAUAUUCACUGUAUCGAACAGUGAUUGGAUACUACUCUGGUGAAGAGGAUGCAUUGGACAUGAGGAAAGCACUGGCGCGAGAUGUUGAAAAGAAGUCUAUCAUACCUUUACCGCAUCCUGUAUAUCCAUCAAGUCUAGACGCUUGA